UAAAUGUGGUGGGGUCAUGCCCACGAUCAGGAAUGAGGGGGAGACCCCUCACUCCGCAGGCACGGCUAGCGCAGGCAGCGCGAACGAGAAAUCAAGCCAGAGUCAGCGCCAGCCAAGAACCUCCGAGGAGGGAGGCGGAGCCAGAAAAGAGAAAGGAGGCCGUGGAAGUAGAAGAUGAUGAUGAUGAUGAUGAAGAGGAAGAGGACGAGAGGCUGCGUAGGGAGGAGGAUCAGAAAGCGGAGCAGCGGGCGAGGAAAAAGGGAACCAGGGGAGAGGUCGAGCCGGUCGUGCGCGACGGACCGCCUAAAAGGAAGAAAUAUGCGGUUCGGUUGGAAGAGGGAUUUGACGUAGAGAAAGUGAUCGACCGGCUGCUAGAAGGGCAUAACGAUCUCGUGACCCUGAAGGAAAUCCUAGCGUCAGCCCCACGACUCCGCGAGGAAUUGAAAGGGAGGUUGUCGCGACGCUUGGUGCCCAAUGUCCAUCUCGGUACGAUCCUGCGCAAGGGGGCAGAGUGGUCGGAGUCAGGCACGAAGAUGGACUGGAAGUGCGUAGCCUGCGGUACGGUGGAUUUGAUGGUGAAGGGGUCCAAGUGCGCAGCAAUGGUGGACACCGGGGCAGAGAUUAACAUUAUUCGGGAGGCAGACGCGAUCAGAUUUGGGCUGGAUAUAGACCGUUUUGACUGCGGUAUUCUGCAUGGAGCCAUCUGUAAGGCCGUGUUUUGCGGGACAGCCUCGAAUGUGCUCGUCGAGGUUGGAAAGGUGAAGGCCAGGGCAUGCUUUUUCAUAAUGCCAGACGUAGACCAUGGAAUCCUCCUGGGGAGGGGACGGCUCAAGCAGGGUUCCCAAAGGCGGUACAAGACGGUAGACAAGAAGUGCCGCCCGGUUCCCGUCCUCGUUACAGAGGACGAGGAGGCAUAUUACGAAAAGGAACGAGGGUUGAUUCGAAGAAUGAGGGAAAGUGUUUUAGCAGGGUCAUGUCGUAUCAAUGAAGGGAACGAGAAGGAGUUGAUCAUAGGGGAGUCUGAUUUCCUGCUCCCUCAGGAGCGAACGUUGAUGGUGGAGCUAAUGAAGAGGAAGCAUCGCGCCUACGCGUUUAGUGACGAGGAGCGUGGCAGGAUGGAUGUAGACAAGAUACCUAUGAUCCGCAUACAUACCGUGCCACACGAGCCUUGGAACAUGAGAGGGACGCGAUAUCCCAAUCCUGACGAGGAAAAGAAGGUGGUGGAUUAUCUCGACGGCAAGAUACGUACUCACGUCGCCGACUAUUCAAGUGGACCGUAUGCGUCCCCGUGGUUCUGCUUCAUAAAGCCUAACGGGACGCUGCGGUGGGUACAAGAUUUGCAAAGAUUGAAUGCAGUGACCGUCCGAGAUGCUGGAGGGCUGCCAAAUGCAGACGCGCUGUCGGAAUCCUGUGCUGGAAGGCCUAUGAUUUCGCUUAUAGACCUUUACUCAGGAUACGAUCAGUUCCCAGUCUACCCGCCGGAUAGGCCGGUGACGGCUAUGCAUACGCCGCGAGGAUUAAUCCACAUGAACGUGGCCCCUCAAGGGUGGACCAAUGCGGUAGCAAUGGUCCAACAGACCAUGAUUCGGGCUAUGCAUGAGAAAGGCCGAAGGCCGGAUGUGAAGAAGACGGACAAGAUUGUUGAGUGGCCGGUUCCGUUCCACUCAAUAACUGAUGUCAGGAGCUUCCGUGGUACGUGUGGAUUUUGGAGGGCCUUCGUCAAGAACUUUGCCGCUAAAACUGAACACCUGAGGAAGUUAGUCCGUCAGGAUGAGGAAUGGGUAUGGGGUGAAGAGCAAGAAGAGGUGGUGGCAAAAAUGAAGGAGGAAUUUCGAGAAGGAGGGUUGGUGUUAGGAGCGCCAGAUUAUGACGCCACAGAGACGCGAUCCUUCAUUGUCGAAACGGAUGCGGGACCGACUGCCUUAGGGGGAGUUCUAAUUCAGGCAGACAUGGAAGGAAAGGAAAGACCCUUGCGAUUUGAGAGUCGGACUCUCUGUACAACGGAAAAGAACUACUCUCAGAUCAAGAGGGAGACCCUUGCUGUCCUCCACUGCUAUCCUAUUUGGCAAGCGCCGAACGGGUAUGAAAGGAGGAAUGAGCUAGUCCUUAAGCCCUUUGAGGAAGAGGAUCCCUGGGGUGGUAAGGAUGUUCAGUGGAUGAUGGAAUUAGCGCUGGCCAGCUCGCAUAGCCUGGUGGAGGAUAUGAGCACGAUUGAGGAAGGACCUGGCCAGGUAGAACGGCAUGAGGUGCUGAUGGGAGGAAUGUAUCUCCUCGUCAAUACGUUAUUGCAGGAAAGCCUAGACCAGUCAGGCUCGUUGAACCCAGCAGGGAAUGUGAACGAAGUGCUCGAGAGCCAGGACGACGAGUUCGAGGAAGGGGAGAUUAAGGAGGCAUUUCAUGCAGAGGAGUACGACGGGAUCUACCUAGAGCUGGGGCUUCUUCUGUCCUGUGAAAUGCGGCUUAGGAAUGCAAGCGAUAGAGCUCAGAGGAUGCUGCGGCGCUAUUUAGUGCGAGACGGCCACCUUUUUGUGCGAAGAGAAGCGGGAAAUCCUAGGAGAGUCGUCUGCGGUAGAAAUCGUCAAAUCGACGUCAUAGUUGCGCUUCAUGAUGGCAUUGCAGGAGGGCACCGAGGGAUACAAGCUACGUAUGCCAAGAUAAGUGAGCUCUACUACUGGGAUGGAAUGAUGGAUAUGGUUGGAGAGGACACGCCCCCACAGACGCCAGCAGUGGGUUUGAGACUCGGAGAUGCACCAGGGAGCACCCAGCAGGCAAAGGAGAGGCUGCAGAGAGAGGAGGCCCCUUUACCGUCGUCAGAAAAGACUCCUUCGCCAGAAGGGAGGGCAGCUGUAAGGAGGGAAGCUUUGACAUUGAUUGAUAGGCACCUAGCAGCUUAUGCCCUGGAGCAUCCAGACCUGGAGGAGCCAGCACCUGCAGAGUCACGCCAGGAGUCAUGCCAGCCCGAGAAGGAGAUGGAAGCAGAGAUACCAAGGAGGGUCGACCUCCACACGAAGGAGAGGGCGCCGGCUGGAGAGACGGCUGAAGAAAAGAGGGCGAGAAGAACAAGACGAAUAGAUGAGAUAUGGCAGGAGAGGCAGAGAUUGGAGGCAGCGGGGGAGCUCCCGGAGCAGCAACAGGAGGGGCAGCGAUCAGAGGCAGCAGGAGCACUCCCGGGUCAGCCACUCAGCGCACCAGCUAGGGCCCCGGAGAUUCUUGAGAUAUGGAGAGACUUCUGGGAGCAGAGAGGAGAGGAACUUCCAUCGCCAGUCAGAGCCGGGUUUGGGGUAGCCAGGAAGGCGGAAGAGAGGUUAGAUCGUAAAAUCAAGUUCCUGACCAAGACCACUUUUGACCGACACUUGUUAUUGGAGGGCGAUCUGGCGGGGAAGAAAAUGAAGGAAGCCAGCCAUGGAGUACGCUUGGAGGCAAUGAAAAUGGAAAUUCAGGAACUCAGGGCCUUGGUGGCCAGCCAGACAGCUAUCAUCGAGAGCCUGAGGCAGCAAACCCAGGAAAGGGUGGACAGGCCAGAGAGCAGCAGGCAGGGAGAGCAGAGGCAGCCGGGACAAGGAUUGCCAGGACAGCCAUCUGCAGCAGAGCCUCGCCAGGAGCCACCUAUGGGGAGAGCUAUCCUGGAACCAGAGGAGGCGAGAGCCCGGAGACAGGCGGAGAGAGAGGCAUUCGAGUUUAGAGCCCCUACUGAGCUCGCGACGCUGCCAGUGGCGGCGGCAGACCCAGUCGUACCCUUGACAGUAGAGGAGGGGCUGCCACCAUCUAGCAGUGAGCCGUAUCAGGGUUCAACGGAGGAAUCCAUGGGCGUGCUCCUUGAGGCAGUGCAUACUAUGCAGGAGGAGGUGAGUUUGUUUUUACCUGAGCAGAGGAUAGAGGAGCCUCUUGAGAAAGAGAUGGGGAUUAAGGCAGAGGAUGCUAUCGAGAGCAGACUCCAGAAAAUUGGCACACCUGAGUAUGGACCAGAGGAGAUUGAGGAGCAGCCCACGACAGCAGCCCACGACAGUGCCAGGAGAGACACUCGAGAGGAGGCCUCAGAGGUUGGACACGCCUGAGUACGUCCCAGCGACGGGGGACUUGAGGAGUAGACUGGGAUCUUGGGCUACUGGAUCUGGGUCUGGGGGACCGGUUCCUGGGACAGAGCGGCAGGAGGUUGUUAGUACCUUGGUAGGAUCUCCUCCGUCACCACCUCCUCAGCCCAGGAAGAGGAAGUUUAAGAGGAAGGUUGACCAACUAUGUUUCUACUGCAAGAGGAGCAUGCAUUAUGCUUUGGA